AGCACAGCUGAGCAGAAACUCUUCUUUGACUAAGCUUUUCCUAGUCUCUACAAUGCUGCAGAAGAAGAUGCUUUAAUUUUUACAGGGGGGGCUUUCUCAGAGGGGGAACUGUUGCCUUCUUUUUCGGAGAAGUUGUUUGACAUAGCUGAUUAGUUGGGUGAGUGAAAACAAACAAGUGCUCAAGUUGCAUGAAUGGAUGGACGCAUCGCUCGAAAACCUUCUGGAAAUUCUGUCCGGGGCGCCUGGAGAUUCUCACAGAUGUGGAAUACAAUACUUUUUGUGCAAUAGCCCUUGAUGCUGUCUGAUGCUGCAGUUGUUGUGGGAUGUUUCUAUGAAUACCAGAACAGAUAAAGCUUUCAGACAAGGGAAAGACUGAGGCUUGAAAGAACUGUGGACAUGAUGCAUGUGAAUAAUUUUCCAUUCAGGAGGCAUUCGUGGAUAUGUUUUGAUGUAGACAAUGGCACCUCAUCGGGACGGAGUCCCUUGGAUCCCAUGACAAGCCCAGGCUCAGGGCUGAUUCUCCAGGCUAACUUUGUUCACAGUCAACGUAGAGAAUCCUUUCUCUACCGGUCAGACAGUGAUUAUGACCUCUCUCCAAAGUCCAUGUCCAGGAACUCCUCCAUUGCCAGUGAUAUACAUGGAGAUGACUUGAUUGUGACACCAUUUGCUCAGGUGCUGGCCAGCUUACGUACUGUACGGAAUAAUUUUGCUGCAUUAACCAACCUCCAGGAUCGAGCACCCAGCAAACGGUCACCCAUGUGUAACCAACCAUCCAUCAACAAAGCAACCAUAACAGAGGAGGCCUACCAAAAACUGGCCAGCGAGACCCUGGAGGAGCUGGACUGGUGCCUGGACCAACUGGAAACCUUGCAGACCAGGCACUCCGUCAGCGAAAUGGCCUCGAACAAGUUUAAAAGAAUGCUCAAUCGGGAGCUAACCCACUUAUCUGAAAUGAGCCGAUCGGGCAAUCAGGUCUCUGAAUAUAUAUCCAACACGUUUUUGGACAAACAGCAUGAAGUGGAAAUCCCAUCCCCAACACAGAAAGAGAAAGAAAAGAAGAAACGGCCUAUGUCUCAAAUCAGUGGAGUGAAAAAGCUCAUGCACAGCUCCAGUUUAACAAAUUCCAGCAUCCCCAAAUUUGGAGUUAAAACUGACCAAGAAGAUAUUCUUGCCAAGGAACUUGAAGAUGUAAAUAAAUGGGGCCUUCAGGUGUUCAAAGUAGCUGAAUUAUCUGGGAACCGACCUUUGACAGUCAUCAUGUACACCAUUUUUCAGGAACGGGACUUGUUAAAAACAUUCAAAAUUCCACCAGACAUGUUAAUAACAUACUUGAUGACACUGGAGGAUCAUUACCAUGCAGAUGUGGCGUAUCAUAACAACAUACAUGCUGCAGAUGUUGUACAGUCCACACAUGUGCUGUUGUCAACCCCAGCUUUGGAGGCGGUUUUCACAGACCUAGAGAUUCUGGCUGCCAUUUUUGCCAGUGCAAUACAUGAUGUUGAUCAUCCUGGGGUUUCAAACCAAUUUCUUAUCAACACAAACUCUGAACUUGCCCUGAUGUACAACGAUUCUUCAGUUCUGGAAAACCAUCAUUUAGCGGUGGGCUUCAAGUUACUGCAGGAGGAGAACUGUGAUAUUUUCCAGAAUUUGACAAAAAAGCAGAGGCAAUCUUUGAGGAAAAUGGUUAUCGACAUUGUGCUGGCAACAGAUAUGUCUAAGCAUAUGAAUCUAUUAGCUGACCUAAAAACGAUGGUUGAAACGAAGAAAGUAACUAGCUCUGGAGUUCUGCUUCUUGAUAACUAUUCAGACAGGAUCCAGGUGCUACAAAACAUGGUACACUGUGCUGACCUAAGCAAUCCAACAAAGCCGCUCCAGCUCUAUCGCCAAUGGACAGAUAGAAUAAUGGAAGAGUUCUUUCGCCAGGGAGAUCGAGAAAGAGAGAGGGGCAUGGAGAUAAGCCCCAUGUGUGAUAAGCACAAUGCAUCUGUAGAAAAAUCACAGGUGGGGUUUAUAGACUACAUUGUUCAUCCUCUCUGGGAGACCUGGGCAGACCUUGUUCAUCCAGAUGCCCAGGACAUCUUAGACACUUUGGAGGACAAUCGUGAAUGGUACCAGAGCACAAUCCCUCAGAGUCCUUCUCCUGCCCCAGAUGACCAAGAGGAGGGUAGGCAGGGCCAAACUGACAAAUUCCAGUUUGAACUAACACUGGAGGAAGAUGGUGAAUCGGACACGGAAAAAGACAGUGGCAGUCAAGUGGAAGAAGAUACCAGCUGUAGUGACUCUAAAACACUUUGCACCCAAGACUCAGAAUCCACAGAAAUUCCAUUGGACGAACAAGUUGGGGAGGAAGUGGAGGAGGAGGAGGAGGAGGAGGAGGAGGAAAACCAGACAGAACCUUGUGUGCUAGAAGAACGUUCUCCCGAUACGUAACAGUGCAGCAGCUCUGUAGCUCUCUUUGUCUGUCCUCCUCUCUUCUCUCUCUUUUAAAAAAUAGAAAAUGGUUUCCAAAGUGCAUGUCACACGGCACAACCAUGGUCACGCCUCACUGUCAUCUGCCAGAGAUGUUUGUUGAUCAAAAACUGACCUUGAUGACUCAGUUUGGCACUCAGGAAUAUUGUAACCAGAAUUGUUCAUCUCCAUGGCAUCAGAGAGCAAAGGAAAACACACCUGCAAAGAACAGUUUUAAUAAGAGUUCAACUUGGCAGAUACAAUUAGAGAGAGUGGCUACUCCGAGCUGUUUUUAUGAAGAGUAAAGGCUAGUGUUUGGUUUUCUUUUUGUGUUUGCUUUUAAUUUCACGAGAGAGGCAAUUAGGAGCAUUCGUCACCAGAAUUGGAAGAAAGCAGCCAGCGAGUGAACCAAGGUUUCUAGUGGAAAAUAAAUGCACUCAGAUAAUGGGACACAACACGAAUCUGUUACCAGUAGGAAGAUCCAGCUGUGGAAAUGGCAUACUUUUCUAAUUUCAAGUCUUCCUGACACAUGACUGAAAAAGUGUAGCUCAGUGGGUUGCACUGAAGCCUGCAUUUUGUAAAAUAUGUAAAACGGAAAUCUUUUUGUAGAGUUUACUUUUAUUAUUAAAUGUAUUGAGGUAUUAUAUUUAAAAAGAAUGCAGCACCCUCAGAACUUCAUCUGCCACUGAUUCUUUUUUUCCCUUCCCAAAGAGUAACUUGCAAGUUUUCAGUACAAAUAUGUGCUACACUGGAUUAAUCGAGUUUUGUAUUUGUUUGCACUUAGAUCUUUCAUAGCAAAUCUUUCACCUCUUCUAGAAUAACCCAUUGCUGUCUAGACCAAUGACAACAUCCAUAAAUCAUUCUUUUUCAUGUUCUUUUUUCCUAUCUAAAUUGCAGAAGCUCCCUUUCACUUUGUUGGCAUUAUUUUCUGGCUUUUUUAAAUUGUAAUUUUCCAAGAGCAGCAAUACAAAAUCUGCAAAUGAGUUCUUUGUCCACCAGGGGUGGCUUAGACCUGCAGGCCUGCCUUUACUGCUGUGGGCUUUCUCUGCUCAACCAAAAAUAUGCUGUCUGAAAUCAAGCCAACCACUCAAUAGCAGCUUUCCCAAAUUUGGGUUUCAUCCCCUUAGUGGGUGGCUGAAGCCCUGGGGAUUUAGCGCUCGGUUCCUUACAGUAGAUGCAAUAGAAUCCACAUUCUGGAAGGUGAUGACAAUAACAUUAUGACAGUAGAUAGGAUCUUGAAGCAGUUCCCAAAGACUAACCUUGGUUCACAACUCUUCAUAAUGAAGAGUUGGGGAACUGUUACAAAUUAGAAUCAGAAUUUGCAAGACUGUGGCCAGUAUGAAUGUGAGUCUUGUCUUGCUAUAAAUGCAAAUCUAUUGGUAAUGAAAUUAUUCCCGUUCCCUUGAGGCCAUUUCUAGCUGUGUAUGAGACAUUGUUAAUGGUCAGUUUCAAAGACUUGCUGAGCUAGCAAAUCAGAUCUUUUAUAGGUUUGUUCUACACAACACUAUAGGCUAUACUUAUACAAACGGUUAGAACAGGGAUAUGUAGGAUUACUGAUGCGUCUGUCUCUCCCCACCCCACCCCCAUUUUGUCACCUUAAAUUUGACCAGCAAACGUUACAUAAAAGAUGUUAUUUUAAAUCAUGGUUUUUGACCAUGAUUAUCACAACAUCUUUAGUGUAUGUGUGUGUGUUUUAACUUACUAGCAUCAGCCAUAGUGUUAUGGGAAAGAUACGAUCAGUCAUUUUGGGAAACAAAAAAAAAAGGUUAAUUUUUGUUGUGUGUCUAGGAGCAAUCAACAGAUAUGCAGAGGGUGAGAAGUGCAUUGCCCAAAAAAACUGACAGAUCCAAAGAUAUGUAUGCCAAGGAAGGCAUAGGCCUGAAUCCAAGAGACAGUUAGCUGCAAGUAAAGCCAUUGAUAUAGUUAGAUCUGAGUGCACCUGUGCGCAUUGGGUUUUGUAUUAUUAUGCAACUAGUAGGUGGAGCAGCAUACUGGUACAGGCCUCAGAUGCAGGUCCAUAUCCAUGUUGAGAGACAUGGGGGUAUCCUCACCCCAUCUGUGCUGUGGUUACAAUGUACAGCUUGCACUGCCAUGUGCAUGAUUAUGCUCAUACAUCUCAGUGGAUCUGCAGCUCUGUCAGCAUGGAGCAUUUGCUUGCCCAUGUACACAAACAUUGAGCAGUGGCCUACAUAUGUACAGAACACCUCUUCUGCAUAUACAAGUGUUGACAGUGUGAACCAGCGCUAUCACACUGGUGUUGAAUGGUGAGGCCAAAUUGAUGUUUUAAGAGAAUGAAGCAGGGAUAGAAUUCAGUUUCACUGAAUCAGGAAAUGUUAUGGACUUGCUAAGUAAUCUGCUUUCUAAUGAAAGCACUGACUGAUCGUUUGGGUUUUUUUUUUUGUAACAUGCAUUUUAAUGUGCUCUACCAUUUAAUGACUUUUAUUUGGGGGGAAAGACUAGCUGGAGAAGUGAAUGAAAGAAUUUCACUGUGUUACUAUCCUCAUAGGCUCAUGUCCUCCCUUUGCUAUUUUAACAUUGUUCAGUCCCCAAGAGUGCCUAGAAUCUUAAUGAAAAAAAGCAAUAUCAAUUCCAAAAAAAUCAGUAUGGAUCUGGAAGGGUAUUUUAUCUGCACUAAAGGCUUAAUCCUAUGAAGUGGAGCGCACGCUGGCUUGAACCAACAAGACCUUAUGGAGCUCUGGCCCCAUGCACUAACUUUAAACAUGUGGGCCCCCUUGAUAUAAUGGGAUUUCCCACUGUGCUUGAAUUUUAAAGACAGGUGGAUCGGGUUAAGUAUGCUUUACCACCUCAUAAGGUUAAACUCUCAUAAUAAAAACAGAAAAGUAAAGAAAAUACAACCAUAUUGUGUAAAAUACACCCAUACACAUGGACAAUCAAGGAGUAGAAAACACAAUAAGUUAUAGAGCCAGGGAUCGAAUGCACUGUACAAUCUUUUGUUUUUAUUUUGCCAAAGUGUGCUUUAGCAUCGCACACUGCUUUAAAAAAAAAAAAACAGCAACAAUACUGUCGAAAAGUGACUUUACAUGUUUUCUGUGUGGGGUUUUUUUUUUUGCCAUAAGAUAAAUGCAAUGAAUUGGGUACUGUAUUGAGGGGGGUGGGGAGGAGAGAGUGGAACCUGAAUUUGCGUCUAACAGUACACUUUAGCUUGCAAGUUACUGUACUCAGUUAUGCUGUGUUUGUUUCCUUCUUAUUUCUGGUUUUAUGUCAUUUUUAAAAAUUGUGAUCAGACAAUAUAGGUAGAACAAAUUGCAUUCAAAAGUUUUUUUAAAAAAACUUGAAUGAAAUGAACUUUACGGAAAGCUUUUGACAUUUCUUUUAAAAUGCAUUUAUUUAUUUUUAUUUGUGCCAUGCAUAUUUUUCUCACCAAAUGACCUUACUUGUAAUAAGUCUUGUUUGUCUCUGUUUACAACCAUGUAUUUAUUGUAAUGUAUAUAUUGUAAUGUUAAUUGUAAAUUAUAAGUUCUUAUUAUAACAUCAUCCCUGCUGGGGUGGUGUUGCUAUAUUUGGAAACUCUUGGUGAGAGAAUUAAUAUUGUGUAUACAUCAGUCCCCUUGUACAUUCCCCCCUCCUGUAAUAUAUCCUAUAUCACUUUAGAGCUUGUUUAUGGAAGAGUUGAGAAAAAAUAUUAAAAAAUAGAUAUAAAAAUUAAAAGCUGCAGGUCUUUGGUCCCAGGGCUGUGCCUUAACUUUAAAUGAUAUUUUCUUCUGUUUUGCUGCAUUUGAAAGAGAGGUCAUCGUGGAACAUGGGCUGGGCAUAUCUCCACCAUCCUUUUCAGUUCUUUAGAGGGACUUGGGUGGGUGCUGGCCCCAGUCUAGGACACCCCUCCCCCCCCGCCCAUUCCAGUGGGCUUUUACCCACACACCCUUUUUCAGUUCAAACUCUUACAUUCUUCCUUGGGCAUCAGCAUCCCCUGCCUGAAGAGGAGCGCUUUCUUCUUUCAAAAUGUCUCCCAAAGGAUCACUAUCCAUUCUUCUCCUUUUGUCAAACAAACCCAAUCACUAUUUAAUCUAACAAAGGUGAGUAUAAUUAAUUCACGGGGAACUUGUACUCCAGCAAGUGAAUUCACAUUCAUUUCAUGCUGUAAACUUUUUGUGUCCGUUAUGCUUAAUACUGCAGUUGUUAGAUUUCCCUUAUUCUCUGUGGCAGACAUCUGCUUCAAACCUUUUUCUUCUGCAGAACUAAUUAGUGGUUUAAGCAGCUAAAAGCUUGCUUCUGUACAAAUGUGUCUAUGGAUGUGUAUGUAGCGUAGGUAUAGAGAACGACCAUAAUCCAUUAGAUCUUGGAACACUAACAUUCUUUUUUUUUCUUUUUCUUCUUUUUGCUAAAUCGCAGUGUCCUAAAUUGCGUCUUGCUGCUGUUCUCAAUCACGUAGUUUUGUAGUGGCGGAUACCUCGCCACCGUUCCACUCCUGCCCAGCCCUUGUAGCCACGUGACUGUUCACUGAAAGGAGAGAUUCUUUUUCAAGGAAAAACAGAGCCUCCUUUUUUGACACAAACUGUAGAUUAUAGCAGCCCUGGCCCAAAGGAAUAUUAUUGCUUUUGUUUUAAACAGUAUAAAAGGGACACUAUAACAACAGAAUUACUGAACAAUAUUUUUUGUUGUUUUCAGUUUGGUUUUGUUUCCUUUGGGUAUGUCUUUAGAGUGGCAAUUGUGUGAACAUUGCAAAUAAUUCAGCAGUUUCUUAGCCUCUCUUUCAGCCUAUGGGAUAGUACUGUACGUCAAUACCUUCAUAUGAAAUUUUUAUAUGCAAUGGAAAAGCAUGGGUUGAUUCUGCCUAGAUACUGUACUUGACCAUCUUUUUUCAAAUAAAUUUAUCUUACACUACAAUUGCUUCUCUG